GCCGCGGCCGCUUUCCUUUUCCUCCCCCGCGGCGCCGCCCGUCCACCGCUCUCCGUUUAGUUUCCCCAGAACCCCACGCCACGCCACCACGUCAAACCCCGGCCGCUAAAGAAGCACCAACCCCACACCCCGGUCUCCGCUUCUCCCACACGAGUUGCUGCUGCGACCACCGCUUCGUUCGUCGCUCAACAAAAAGCAAAACCAUACCAAGCCGCCGACCUCGCCGAGGCCCCAGGGAGGGAAGGACUAGGAGGAAGAAGAGCGGCCGGAGCUGGUCUUUUCUCUUGCUCGGGUUAGUCACGGCGGCGGCAUGGCGGGGCGGAUGGUUCGGAGCUGCGUGCAGACGGCGCUCAAGGCGGUGAACUCCGUCGUGGGGCUCGCCGGCAUGGCCGUCAUCCUCUACGCGCUCUGGAUGCUCCGCGCGUGGUACAGGGAGGUCAACGACCUCGACCAACGCUUCCCCGUUCCCUGGUUCAUCUACACAUUUCUUGGCCUGGGGAUCUUUCUGUGCCUGGUGACUUGCUCUGGGCAUAUUGCUGCGGAAACUGCAAAUGGUCACUGCCUCUCUUGUUACAUGAUCAUUGUAUUUGUGCUUAUUAUACUGGAAGGUGCAAUUACUGUGGAUGUAUUUCUGAAUACCAACUGGGAAGAGGAUUUCCCCCCUGACCCAUCAGGCAAGUUUGAUGAAUUCAAGGAUUUUGUGAGAUCAAAUUUUGAGAUAUGCGAAUGGGUAGGCCUCUCAGUGUUGGCUGCUCAGGUGUUAUCAAUCAUUCUUGGGAUGGUACUCAGGACCCUUGGGCCUGACCGAGAGACUGACUAUGACAGCGAUGAUGACACCACUGUGCCUGCAAGGCUGCCUCUACUGAGAAACCAGUCCCAACAUGGUCCAGACUAUGCUGAACCUAACACAUCCCGUAGGAGUGAUUCAUGGAAACUGCGGAUUUUAGACAAGGUCAACAACUAAGAUUUUACUGAUCUCAUAUGACAGACCCUUCGGACAGAAUUUUGAUCCAAGGGUUUCGGAAGGAUGAUAAGAUUAUACCUUUUUUCUUCUGGAGAGAUGAUCCUCAUGAUGGAGUUGCAGCAGCAGCGGUAGCAUAGUUUUGAAUGGCUACUUUUGAAUGCCUUUCAACAUGCACAGAUAUUUCAGUAGCAUGUGACCGACCCAUAUAACCCCAACAGUAGGGCAUGACUGGUGCCUUCACUGACCAAACACAGAAAUAUUUUAUUUGUUUUUCAUUUUCCAUCAGCUGGUUCAUCCAUUUAUUUCUAUCUGAUUGUCUGUUGUUUGUA